AUGCAUUUAACUCUUCCAGAAAUACGGAAUCUACGACCAGACGCAAAUGGCGAACGAGACCUCAAAAUGGCCCUGGGCGAGUUGCAAAAGCUCAUGCUUGAGAAAGAAACUGCCGAGGCUUGGGUACCGGAGCUGACUUACUGGGCGAUUAUGACAGUAAAGAGCAUCGGAAUUGAAUUGGUGAAGGUCGACAAGUUUCCGAUUAACAAUAUUCAAACUACAAGAAGAUUUGGGCAAAGCGACGUUGCUGUGUUUAGCUCGCUUUCGUGUAUGAUCGUCACCGGGAUUCACUACUCCAUCGAUCGAGGAGACAGCUCACUGAUCGACUACAUAAUCAAGCAAGCACAUGACAUAAAACCCGUUCUGGACUGGAUUCUCGCUUCGAUCGCCAUUUCCAAGCCCGAGUUCAUUCUAUCCAUGCUUCUCAAGAACGCCUUCGAAACCUUCCGCCGAGCUAGCGACGAGAACGAAGCGCAACUUCACGCUCUUACAGUGAUUCUCGAGUACCUCAGUGAGAUAAAACCGGACAUAGUUACUGAUUGUCUUUUGAAGCCGCUCACGCCGCACAACGAACAUGUUUUCAUGUGGACCGUCUAUUUGAUCCACAUUUUGAAGAGCAGCAUCAAAAAGGAAAAAGUAGAGCUCGUUCGUAGAAUCACCAAACAAGCGGCCAAAUAUAUCACGCCAGGGCUUCUCCAGGAAAUGCACAAGCAGAAAGUGGAGAAACACCCAGACAUGAAAAUUGAUGAUAUCAAAGCUAAUGUCUCAAACAUCUCCUCUGAGUCGCAUUCAUUUGACUUGAUGCACAUAUUCGUUUCGAUCGUCAAUGGAGACGGAGAAUUCGAAGAAACGGAAACAGAAAUACGCUUCGUCCUCCGCGAUAUUCUAUCGAAUAUCCUUGACAAGUUGGAGGAUCAAAGUUUGUCGACAAAGAAUGAGACGAGGAAUGAAACGAAUCAAAUGCUAAACAAAAUCACGAUUCCCUCGACGAUGACCAGUGUCGAUCCAGCUUACAGACUUCUGAGGAUGACGAUGAUCUCGACAGAUGAAUCGAAUAGAAUUUUCUGUCUUUCAAAGCUGCUCAAAAGCGUCAAAGAUCUUCAGGCUCAAACUGCGCUGGUAAAGCUGGUCAAGGAGACCUUCCUAAAUCAAGAAAAAGACUGCUUGAGCAAAGCCAUCUCCGACGCCUUUGAAGCUCCUCAUGACCACAAGGCCUUGCUAAAAAUUUGCUAA